AUGGAUGAACUUCAAGAGUCCGCCCUCGGGACUCAAGAAUAUUGGGAUAAUCGCUACAAAGAAGAAAUAGCCAAUUUUGAAGACCACGGAGAUCCCGGUGAGAUCUGGUUCGGCGAAGACACCGUCGAACGUACGAUUGAAUGGAUCAAGAAACAAGAAUCCAUUUCGAAAAAUUCCAAAAUUCUGGAUAUAGGGUGUGGCAAUGGCAUGUUUUUAGUCGAAUUAUUCACACAAGGAUAUGUUAAUUUAUUUGGCAUUGACUACUCAGAAGACGCCAUCGAGCUGGCGAAAUCAAUAGCCCAAAAACGAAACUUCAAAAUAGAAUAUUCCGUGUGUAAUAUUUUAGAAGGGUUGGAGGGUCAGUUCGAUGUUAUUCAUGAUAAGGGGACUUACGACGCUAUUAGCUUGAAUGCUAACAUUAAAGAGCAUAGGGUAACAUAUUUAAAAAAUAUUUUCAAAGGUUUGACUGAUACAGGGCUUGUGCAAAAUGUGGCGACCAAGUUGCCCGCGCUAUAGGCAA